GUCUCUACUGCAGAAGGAUGAAGCUGACAGUGUUCCUCCUGUCACUGGCUGGCCUGCUGCAGGCAGCCGCAUUCCUGAAAAUAGCUUCUUUCAACAUCAGAACAUUUGGAGAGAAAAAAAUAUCGAACGUCACCAUUGCUGACAUUAUCGUCAAAAUCCUGAAUCGCUAUGACAUAGCCCUCAUCCAAGAGGUCAGAGACAGUCACCUGACAGCGGUGGGGAAACUGAUGGAUAAACUCAACAGGGACUCCCCUGAUGCAUAUCACUUCAUUGUCAGUGAGCCGCUGGGCCGCAACUCCUACAAGGAACGAUACCUCUUUGUGUUCAGGCCCGAGAAGGUGUCCCUGUUGGACAGCUACCAGUACGAUGACGGCUGUGAGUGCUAUGGAAAUGACACCUUCAGCCGGGAGCCUUCGGUCGUCAUGUUCUCCUCCCCAUCCACAGAGGUGAAACAGUUUAUCAUCGUGUCCCUGCACGCCGCCCCCGCUGAGGCCGUUAAGGAGAUCGAUGCCCUCUAUGAUGUCUACCUGGAUGUCAUCAGCAAGUGGAACAUGGACAGCAUCCUGUUCAUGGGAGAUUUCAAUGCUGGCUGCAGCUAUGUUUCGGCCUCUAGCUGGUCUACCAUCCGCCUUCGCACCGACCCGGAAUUUCAGUGGCUCAUCUCUGAUGACGUGGACACGACUGUGACCUCAACACACUGCCCCUAUGACAGGAUUGUGGCCUCUGGGAAGGAACUGAAAAGGAGCAUUUGGCCUGAGUCUGCCACCACAUUUAACUUCGAGAAAGCAUACAAACUGAACCAAGGGAUGGCUUUGGCUGUCAGUGACCAUUACCCUGUAGAAGUGACCCUGAAGAGUGUCUGAAGUUCAGGGAAUGCUCAACACCAAUGUGUUUCCUUGCUUCUAGGCUCCCCCGUCUCCCUUCUCUUUCUUUCCAUCAACCCUGGGUGGACAAACCAGCAGAAUGGGCACCUCUCUGCUGGCUUCUUGCAGCCUUUCACACAGCUGUGUCUCCCUUAAGGCUACUUUUUAGUUUAUUAUAAAGGCAAGGGGAUUCCCUACACAAUGACUUCCUGUAGGGUGCAGGUUUUAGGGUGUAAGUGCUGCAACAUGCAGGUAACUAAACUUCAAAGGGCCAGGACAGAAGGAAGAUGAUACUUCCUUGACAUGGUCUCCAACAGGCUAUGGUUUUCCUUUUUAAGCAGCAACAGUAGCCCAACCUGGCUGCUGGAAUAUUUUCCUCUCUGGCACAUAUAAACCUAAGGGGACCGGGUAUACUGCUCUGUGGAAGCAGUUACAACUUGGGAGGUUUUGCCUUGUCAUGGAGAAGAUCGUUUGGCUUUGGCAAGAAGGGAACAAGAAGCAGCAUGGCGUAGCGGCUACAGCACGGGCCUGGGAGUGAGAAGUUCAUGGGUUCUA